GACUCAAAAGAGAGAGAGUGAAUGAUUUUUAAUGACAUCAAGAUCCCAAAGAUUGGCAAGCUACCAGCCUGAACUGCCAGUGAUGACCAGAAUUGUGUUAUGGCUCUGAGCCCACAGAUCCUCCUCAUCUGAGCCAUGAGAAUUUGAGCUGGAAAGCCAGCAUGCCUUGGUAAGUGGAAGUCAAGCCACAUCAAGACAUGGAGUCAUCUUUCUCAUUUGGAGUGAUCCUUGCUAUUCUGGCCUUCCUUAUCAUUGCUACUAAUGCACUAGUAGCUGUGGCUGUGCUGCUGUCAAUCCACAAGAAUGAUGGUGUUGGUCUAUGCUUCACCUUGAAUCUAGCUGUGGCUGACACUUUGAUCGGCGUGGCUAUCUCUGGCCUAGUUGCAGACCAGCUCUCCAGCUCUGCUCAGACCACACAGAAGACCCUGUGCAGCCUUCGAAUGGCAUUUGUCACUUCUUCUGCAGCUGCCUCUGUUCUCACAGUCAUGUUGAUUGCCUUUGACAGGUACCUUGCCAUUAAAAAGCCCCUCCGCUACUUUCAGAUCAUGAGUGGGCUUGUGGCUGGGGCCUGCAUUGCUGGGCUAUGGUUAUUGUCUUACCUUGUUGGCUUCCUCCCACUCGGAGUCUCCAUAUUCCAGCAAACCACCUACCAAGGGCCCUGCACCUUCUUUGCUGUGUUUCAUCCAAGGUUUGUGCUGACCCUCUCCUGUGCUGGCUUCUUCCCAGCCAUGCUCCUCUUUGUCUUCUUCUACUGCGACAUGCUCAAGAUUGCCUCCAUGCAUAGACAGCAGAUUCAAAAGAUGGAGCAUGCAGGAGCUUUGGCGGGAGCUUACCGGCCCCCGCGGUAUGCAAGUGACUUCAAGGCUGUCCGCACUGUGUCUGUUCUCAUCGGGAGCUUCACUCUGUCCUGGUCCCCCUUUCUUGUCACUAGCAUUGUGCAGGUGGCCUGCCAGGAGUGCUACCUCUACAAAGUGCUGGAACAGUACCUGUGGCUGCUUGGUGUAGGCAACUCCCUGCUCAACCCACUCAUCUAUGCCUAUUGGCAGAAGGAGGUGCGGCUGCAGCUCUACCACAUGGCCCUGGGAGUGAAGAAGGGGCUCACCUCACUCCUCUGCCUUCUCACAACCAGGAAUGGUGGUUCAGAGAGGCCCAGGGAAAAUUCCUGUCACAUCAUCACUGUCUCCAACUCAGAGCUUGAUGGCUAAGAUGGUAAGGAAGGAGAAGUUUCAAAGUGCCCUUCCUCUCCUGAUUCUGGACCCCAGCUAAGAGAUCACGUGGAGCUAAGGGAAUGAUAAAAGUUGCCUCAGAUGACUGACCACCCCACCUUCCACAUCCCUUCACCCCCAGAAUGAGAGGCAACUGGGACAGGGUCCUGAUUUUCUUCUAUAACCAGUUUUUCCAUCUGCAAAUCUCCAUUCCUCCCUGUCCUUCUUUUGAAACAGGCCUGUCUCCUGUAUAGUAUACUUAUUUAAAGCAAGAAAUGUACUGCUACAAAGCUGUUUGUAUAACAAAUCUUAUUUUUGAACAUAUCAGAGCAAUACUGUCCAACAGAAAUAUAAUGCAAGCCACAUAACAGUUUUUAAUGUUCUAGUAGCCAUGUUAAAAAGGAAACUGACAAAAUUAAUGUUAAUGUUCUUUAACAUCUCAAGCUUUAAUUUUAAAUUAUUAUUCUAAUUGUACAUGUUUAUGGAGUAGAGUGUGAUAUUUCAAUACACAUGUAUAUGUAAUGAUCAAAUCAGAGUAAUUAACAUUUCCAUCUCCUUAAACAUUUUUGUUAAUGUUUUAUUUAAUGCAAUAUAUACAAAGUAUUAUCACUUCAACAUGUAAUCAAUAUUAAAAAUUACUACUUUUUUCACACUAAGUCUUUGAAAUCUAGUGUGUAUUUUACUCUUACAGAUUAUCUGAAUUCAACCUAAUCAUACUUCAAAUGCUUAACAGCUCUAUGUGGCUAAUGGCUCCCAUACUAGACAGCACAGAACUACAGAAAUAAGGGUUUUUUUUUAGUUGGUAAGUGAGGAGUUCUUGUACCUCCUACCUUCUUUAAUAUAAAUCAGGGAUUUUACAUAGUGAGUUUGCAUAAAACAUAGGAACUUGAAUUAGAGUCUAAAGCUUGUCUUUCCCCACACUUCAUGGAAUUUAAAUUGUAUUAUUUGGGAAACAGCCUAUUUUGUGAUUAUUUCUGCUACUAUGUCACCCAAUCCACCACCACCUUAACUCUCUGGUGCUCCUUUCCCCCAGUUGUCUCAUAUGUAACUUAUAGAUACUUACUGAUAACAAUGCUCAAACACAAAUUCUGAGGCACUGGAAAGGAAAAGAGGGAAAAGAGGUAGAUACCAAGGCAGACACAGCCAAGCUUUCCAGCCUGGACCCACUUUGACCCCCAGAGAUACACUUUCAUCCAGUUACUCCCAAAGUUGCAUUUUCCUAAGAAACUCAGUCACACAAGAAGAUGCCACCAAAAUGGUAGAGGAGGCCAGCUGAGGAGCAGGUACCUCAUUCUUUUUUCUGUGGGGUAUAAAAUGACAAUUGGCAGCUGGGAAUUUUGCUCAGGCUACCUCUGGGAAGCCGUGGCAGGAAAAUUCAAGGACAGAAUGACACUCUGAAACCACACUCUGCCUUCCUAAGUUCCCUGUAAUUCAUUCCUCAACCUCCUGGUCUCCACAGUGGAUUCUUAGAAAGUUUAGUUCACAAGGCCUUAAACUGAGUUAUCUCCUCAGAAAGUUAGUGAGUUGAGAACAAAAGAGGGCAACAAGAAACUAAAAUGAUGUAGACUAAUACAUUUGGGAUUUGGUGUUGAAGCAACCCUGGAA